AUGUCGUUAUGCCGGGCUUGAGUGCGCGCGCGUAUGUUGUUAAGUCGUUAUGUCACUAGCGUGCACUAGGCAUAAGCUAGCAAGCCAUUUAUCCUAUGUCAUUUUAUCUCAUUUAAUAUAGUCUAAACUUAAUUAUUUUAAAAACAGUAUAUUAAAUACGCAUUGUCAAUCAUAGACUCUAUCUCAUUUUUUCUGAAACAAAAGAUCGCGAAAAUGCAUCACUAGAGCAAACAGGUAUUUAGAGGGUGUCACGUUUCAAUCAGGAGCAUGAAAUGCUGGAAAUGCUCAAUGUGUUCGUGUUGGUAAAUAGCAGAAACAUCGUGCGAUUGGGCUACGUAUUCAUUGAUUCUAGUUUUUUACCCACAAAGUCAAGGAAUUAAUCGGGUGGAUAGACCACCAUGUUACUCGUUUCCGCAGUCCGAUUCGGACGGACUCACCAAGUGCGACUUCUACUGAAGGCGGGAAUAAACACGGAGAAUCGAGACGACAGAGGCCGAACCGCGCUAGUGUAUUGCUGCUUUCUGAAGAACCCUCAGACAAGGCAGACUAUAUUGAAGCUGCUUUUGGCCUCUGGAGCCAAGGUUAAUAAGCGGGACCACUUGGGUCGGAGUGCACUUCUGUGGGCUUGUUUACAAGGUCUUGUGGACGUGGUAACAAGUCUUGUAAACGAUUCACAAAGCGAGGUCGACCUCAAUUUAACAGACAAUGACGGCAACACGAGUCUUCUUCUUGCGGUCAAAUCUGGAAAUCUGGAAAUGGUGCGACUACUUCUGCGCUUGUUAAGACGUUCCUUGAGUAAUAAUACUACUAGUUUUAUUCAUCGUUGUAACAACAGAGGAAUUUCGCCUUUGUUAGCGGCGUUUCUACGCGGGGAUAAAGACUGCGCGCGCGUUUUGGUGCAAGGCGGUGCUCAAGUGUCUUGUGUUGUCUGGUAUCUCAAGGAUUGCGUGGCUGAGAGCGAAAUUCAAGAGUUGAGUGGAUCUCAAGAGGCAGUGUUUAGUUUUCUUGGCAAAAGUCGUGACCCGAGAUAUCACGCUGAGAUCUUGACAAACAAAGGCAUUCUGGAAUUUCUAUUUUCAGAUGAUGAGAAAAUUACAUCAAAACAACGAAAAAUAACCCUCAGAAUACAGUGUGAUUUUGAACAUCUGAAAGAUAAAAGGUCGGGGAGUUUUUCGUCAACUAAAGCCACUAUUGGACCUAAAUCGCUAACCACACAAAGUUUGCUUGCUGGAAACGAAAGUUUAUCGAUCGACGCCGAUAUCGAAUCGUGUUGCUCCGAAUCCCGCCAAGAAGUCGAUUCGGCAUUGGCGACUAAAUGCAUGGGAGAGUUAAAAAUAAUGGACUAUUCAUCGACGCAAGAUUCGGUUUUAAAACUCUACGAUAUCUACACCGAUCAGCUUUGUACAUCUUACAGAGUGGGAAUGCCAAUUUGCCGCUAUAAAACCCCGCCUCCCCUGCCCCCACCCCCACCCCCUCUGCGUAAAGAAUCCUCAAAAUCCACCCGGUCCCCCAAGGUUAGCCUUCAGCACCACUCAGGUAGUGACGUCACUCGCUACCUUUCCACCAAACGUGGCUCGGGCUCGUCUGGCACAGGGUUACCGUACAUGCAGGAAUCAGCGUUUGAUCGGCAGAUGCGUUUGAAGUACGCGCGCUCCAGUCGCGCGGCUAGCAUGCAAGUCGGUAAACUGCCGGCCAUAGGGCAUGCCGGGAAGAAACUGAAGAGGACCAAGUCGUCCGUCACAAUCACGCUAAGGUAGUGCGCAUGCGCUAUGAAAGGCAAACUAACGAACAAUGGAGGACAAUCCAGGCCAGUGGUUUGUGAAGCAAAACGAUGCUUGUACUUAGAAGCAGACAAGUAAGUCCUUGGAAAACUCGAGUAUUGCAGCCCAGUCCCAGGAGUUCUCACCUGGUUUCCUUUGAUCGGAGAUGAACCGUGAGGUAGCCUGGGGACUGGGACGAACUCUUACCAUCCACAGGAAACCCGAUAAGAACGUCUGGAACUCCUUUGAAAAAAAAGUAUUUGACCAGCCGUUGAUGCAAGCCAGCGGGUCGGGCGCCUUAGAGUGUGGGAUAGAGGGGUUCUUUCUGUCGAUAAGAAUAUAACACAUAAAUGAUGAUUUUAUUGCACAGCUAAAAACACCGGAAUUUCGACAGGGGGCAUAGGAAGUUAUACCCUGGGUAACAGUCUCUUGCUUUUCUCGCUAAGUGACGCUCCGUGCCAAGUCGCUCGAUUACUGACUCUGAGGUUGACUUGGAGCAAGUCUACAGUAAUCGCUCUGUGAAACGCUCGACACGGCGACCCCGGGGGAGGGUGUAUUCUGUGUAAAGCAAGACAUCGCCUGCGCAUGCGCAUGUUUAGCUCUUGUACGUGAGCGUACAACACAACCUUUGACACGGCGCCAUUAUCAACGCUAUUUCUACCCUUAGGCUUUUAUAAUAUGCUUGGUAAAUCAGCUACUAGUUUGGAUUGAAGGUUGCCUUGUUGCUUUUGAUGCCUUUCCUGUUGUUGCCAAGAAAAGCGAGACCACAAUGAACUUUUGCUUAGCAUACUGGACGUAUUUUAUUGGAGCCCUGUAAACCAUUUUGUGUUCAUUACUUUAAUAUAUAUAAAUAUAAUCAAAUAAUA